AAAAGAGAAAAAAACAGUAAAAAAGUGCAUGUGAUGAGAAUAUAGAAAACUUUAUUGUGGCUUUGAUUGAAUGUGAGUGAAGUAGACUUUUAAGCUUUCAUACACUAGCAUCAUCUUCUUCUUCAAUAUUUUACAGAUCUUUACUUUUCCCAUUAAAGUUUUCACCUUUACUUUACAUACAAACAUUCCCACAAAGCAUAAAGCAAUCAAGAAGAUCUAAACAUUGGAAAAAUAUUGCCUUUUUGCUGUUCAACUUGAUUCAUUAUUGGAUCAUGCAAUUGUGGUUCUUUUGAUUGUAUUAGAUGUUACUAUCCAAUUGAAUUGUGCCUUUGCAUUUAAAUUGAAGCAAUGGUUCUUGGUCUGAGGUCAAAGCACAAAAAGGGUGCUUCUGUUCAAGUGGAGUACGUCGUUCAAGUAGACGAGAUUAAACCAUGGCCUCCAUCACAGUCCCUAAAGUCUGUUCAGUCUGUGUUGCUUCAAUGGGAAAAUAAUGGUCAGAGCUCUGGUUCUAUCGUGUCUAGUGUCGGGGAUGGUAGCAUUGAAUUCAGGGAACCUUUCACCCUUCCAUUAACGUUGUGUCGAGAGAAGAAGGCCCAUGACAAAUUCCAGAAGAAUUUCUUGGACUUCUAUUUGUAUGAGCUUCGUAAGGAUAAGACAACUAAAGGCCAACUUCUGGGGACAUCAGUGAUAAAUCUUGCAGAUUUUGGACUGAUUGAGGAGGUUGUGUCAAUUUACACUCCACUUAACUGCAAAAAGAGUUCUAAGAAGUCCGAGCAACCAGCUUUGUUUGUUAAUAUACAUCCUACUGAGAGGGGUAGCUCAAGUUCAUCCCAAGUUAGUGCCAUAGAAAAGGAUGGACAAGAAUCUGUUGCAGAUUCAGUGAAUGGGAAAAAUGAGGAUGAUGAUGAGAUUGCGUCUUUCACUGAUGAUGAAUCGCCACAUUCAUCUCGACAAGGAAAGAUUGCACAUGAAUCCAUAACUGAGAACGUGCUGAGAGACGAGCCAGAAUCUGAUCUACUUUUUGGACUGGACUCUGCAGCAGUGCUCAUGGAUUCUACCAGUAGAAGUUCUAGAAAUGUAGCUCCGGGGUUGUCAGGCAGCUUAUCUUUAAACGGAGAAAAUUCUGGAAGCAACACCACUUCUCUAUCUAAAUUUUCUGUUAGAAGUAUGACGUCAAUACAGAAGAAGUCUGCUUCCCAAGUGACAGGAUCCUCUUCCUCCUUACAAAUUUUUGGAAAUAAAAACGGGAAGGCAACAGACAUCGAGCAGCAAAGUCUGAUGUAUGAUGUUCAGGAAGAUACUGCUGACAGGAAAGGUCUCCCCAAAGACAGUAUCAAACUAUCUGUAGAAAAUGGUCGUGGUCAUAGAUUUACAUCCAACACAAGCUAUCUCGAUUCAUCUUUUGAGGAUAACUCUGAUCCCGCCCUUUCCUAUAACGAUCACCGUCAAGAUUCCAGAGAGAGCCCCGCUGAAAGUUCAAUACUCAAAGAUUUACAUGUUGGUGUAGUGAAUGGAAAAGGAAUGGAGCUUCUAGAGAUUGACCAGGAUGAAGAUUACUUGAAGAAGAUUCCUCAUUUUUCAGAAAUCAAAUUAGGCAGGAAACAAAAGGGUGAUACUCUUAAUUCGAAUAAGGUGCAGGGAUCUAGCAUUACCAAUGGUAAAUCAAAGCAUGUGAAGUCUCACGACUUAGCUAACAGAAGCGGACUUCCGGACAAGGCUGCAAAACUGCAUGUUUCGGAAGAUGCUCGUUCUAAUGGUAAAGGUAAUAAACCAAUGAAUGGAUCUCCUGACAGAAAAAAUGAAUGGAAGUAUAGAAUCGAGAUACUUGAGGAAGAACUAAGGGAAGCGGCAGCUGUCGAGGUUAGCCUUUAUUCUGUAGUGGCUGAGCAUGGCGGUUCUGCACACAAGGUCCACGCUCCAGCUCGACGCCUUUCUCGAUUUUAUGCUCAUGCUUGCACAGCAAAAUCCCGAGCUAAACAGGCAGGUGCUGCAAGAGCUGCUGUCUCAGGUUUAGUUUUGGUUUCAAAAGCUUGCGGAAAUGAUGUUCCAAGGUUGACUUUUUGGUUGUCAAAUUCAGUCAUGUUGAGAGCAAUUGUCAGCCAGGCAGCUGGAGGAAGAAGAGAAUAUGAUAGACCAUAUGCGGAGAGCAAUACAGGCAAAACUAGUUUAAAUGGAAGAUCCUUGAAAAAAAGGAACGAGGUUUCUUUCAAUAAAGACCACAAUAGUCUAACAGAAGGACUUGGUGAAUGGGAGGAUAUUGAGACAUUUAUGCUUGCACUGGAACAAGUUGAAGCUUGGAUUUUCUCCCGCAUUGUUGAGUCUGUGUGGUGGCAGACUUUGACUCCACACAUGCAAAAUACAGCUACAAAUUCUGGUGGCAGAUCAAUGAGCUCAAGUAUUAAGAAAACUUAUGGACGUAGGUCUAGUUUGGGGGAUCAAGAGCAAGGUAAUUUCUCCAUUGAGCUCUGGAAGAAGGCUUUCAAGGAUGCUUGUGAAAGGCUUUGCCCAGUUAGGGCAGGAGGACAUGAGUGUGGCUGCUUGCCGUUGCUGGCUAGAUUGGUAAUGGAACAGUUGGUGAGUAGAUUGGAUGUGGCCAUGUUCAAUGCAAUCCUUCGUGAAUCAGCUGAAGAAAUGCCAACGGAUCCAGUAUCAGAUCCCAUUUGUGAUUCUAAGGUCCUCCCAAUCCCUGCAGGGAAAUCAAGCUUUGGCGCCGGGGCACAACUAAAAAAUGCUAUUGGGGACUGGUCUAGAUGGCUAUCUACUCUCUUUGGAAUUGAGGAAAAUGAUUCCUCAGGUGAUAAUGAAGAUCUUCUUCAUGACAAGGCACCAGGUCCUGCAAAGCCUUUCCAUCUACUCAAUGCUCUAAGCAGCCUAAUGAUGCUUCCCUUUGAAAUGCUCGCCGAUCCUCAAACUAGAAAAGAGGUUUGUCCUAUACUUGGUCCAACUUUGAUCAGGAGGGUGCUCAAUGGUUUUGUUCCAGAUGAGUUCUGUCCAAUCCCAGUUCCCCCAGAGGUCCUCACGACCCUCGAUUCUGAGGAUGAUGUGGAUACUCCUGAAGAAUCUGUCUCGACUGUUCCAUACACUGCUUCGCCUACAUUAUAUUUACCUCCUUCGGUAAGGUCCAUUAAAACCUUUCUGGGAGAGAAUGGAAAGGGAUCUUUACAAAGAAGCGGUUCAUCAGUACUCAAGAAAUCAUACACCAGCGAUGAUGAGCUUGAUGAGUUGGACUCGCCCUUGACUUCAAUAGUAGCUGAUAGAUUCCGGGGUUCUCCUAAUCUAGCAAAGAUCAACUUGAUCGCCAAGGGAAAGGGCGACCGGAAAGUUGCUAGAUAUCAGCUACUCCGGCAAGUUUGGAGAGCGGAAGAGCACUAAAGAACGAGCCCAGAGUGGUGUAAAUAUGUAAAGCCAGGGUAAAUUUUUUGUUUAUUUGCUUUUCUUUCGGCUGCUAUCUCCCAUGUAUAGAUGAAUUUCAGACAGUGUUUCGACAUGAAAUUCAAUGGUUCAGGUCUGCCAUAUUUUCUAAUAAAAUAUACUUGUUGAAGCU